CCAGCGGCCGUGUCUUUGUAUGAGGUUUGGGCAUAUUUAUAUCUGUUCUGCUUCUCUAAUCUCCGCCCUUUCCAGACUCUCUCUUGUUCUAUAUAUACUCUAAUUCUGUUCAUCGUUAACGAUGUCUCCUCGCGUUUGGUUUAUCACCGGGUGCUCAACUGGUUUUGGCCGAGAGCUCGUACUUCAAGCCCUGAAGAGAGGCGACAAGGUCAUUGCGACAGCCCGCAAUGUUUCCAAGCUGGCAGACCUCGAGGCCGAAGGAGCGAAGAUCUUGCCCCUCGAUGUUACGGCAGAUUUGGGAUCUUUGAAGCAAUCUGCGGCUACGGCGUAUGCCGUUUAUGACAGAAUCGAUAUCUUGGUUAACAACGCCGGGUACCUUUGCUCAGGAUCUAUUGAAGAGACAAGCCCAGAAGAGACGUACUCUCAAUUCAACGCCAACGUCUUCGGUCUCCUCAAUAUCAAUAGAGCAUUCCUGCCUUACCUACGGGCCCAGAAAUCCGGAGUCAUUGCAAACUUCUCCAGCAUUGGCGCCUGGACAGGUCCUGCUGGAGUAGGUAUAUACUGCGCAUCGAAAUGGGCAGUCGCUGGAAUCUCAGAGGCUAUGAGCAGUGAACUUGCCGAAUUCGGAAUAAGGACCAUCAGCAUCGAACCUGGAUUUUUCAGAUCCAAGCUUCUGGACGGAGGCAAUCGAUCUGUUAUCCAGAACUACAUUGCAGACUAUGAUGGUGCCGCUGCACGAAAGGGAAUGCAGAUGCUAGAAGCCCUGGACCAGAAGCAGCCGGGAGAUAUUGCCAAGGGCUGUAAGGUCAUCAUCGAUGUUCUUACACAAUGUAGUACCGCAGCUGGGAAGGACAUCCCGAUCAGGCUGGCAUUGGGUGCGGAUUCGUACGAGCUCAUCAGGGCCAAGUGCCAGGAGACGAUCACCCUCUUGGAUGGGUGGAAGGAUAUCUCAACUCCUACCAACCAUGAUGAUGUAGCUGGAAACCUGUAA